UUUAAAUGAUGCUUUUGUGUUUUCCCACCGCAAAAUGUUUCUAGCCAGACCUCACGUUUUAAUGUACGCCUCUUACAACUUCCUUUUCCUACCACACGAGGGUGGCUGACUUUGUAAAAGCAGCGUUUCAGAGUCAGGGUUCACAUCUUUUUUAUCUUCACUGUGAUCAACAUGGCAGCAGAGAUUGUAUCUGAGGAGAACUGUGGCACGAAAAAGAUAAAAGUGAGAUUCAGCCUGUCGUUUAUAAGUGAGGAUGAUUUGGAGAUGGAGGGGCACCAGGAACUGCCAAAUUCACAACCAGAGUUGAAAGACGAGGACAUUGAGGACGAUUGUUUCUAUGAUGACAAUGAGAUGCUCGUUUCCCUGGCAAACAUGAGCUUCAAUCUGGUUGUUGACCAAGACCACAACACUGACGAACCUCUCUACAGCUGUGAUCACCAAUUUAAUGAAAUUGUGGUCAUGCCUGAGCAAGCUGAUUUUGCCUUUAUUUCUGCAGUUGGGAGAAUGAUUAAAGAACAUGACAAUUUGUUCUUGAAGUCACACCAAAAAUGCAAGUACAUCACAUCUGAACGGAAUCAGAUACAUUUGGCGGACACUAUGUCAGCAAAAAUCACCAUCUUCCAAUGCAUGGCCACCAAAGACACAGAACCAGGUGUUCCUGUUGUGCUGAACUUCACUGACACAGAUAAAUUCUUCUGCUGCACCAACGAAGGAGGACAAAUGAAUUUAAAAGUUACAAGGUAUGACAAAACAAAGCUACACACCUCCGGAGAUGAUGAAGAAAAAUUAGCCCAUGUUUUCUACAUGUCUCGAACCCCGGACGGUCUCCGGCAUUUUGAGUCAGCGCUCCACAGAGGAUGGUUCAUUCACACUGUUGGCGGUAAUGCUGUGAAAAUGCAACGAGGCAAACUUACAUCCAGCAACAGCUUUGUCUUAAUUGAGACUGAUACCACAAAAAUCAUUGAAUAUUAAAAUAAGGAUUUUAU